UGAACCUCCAGCUGCUAUCGCAGAGAUGGAGACUACAGCACUGCGGGAGGAGCUGCCGCCGCUGCCUCACAGGAGAUAAGUUUCCGACUUCCAACGAACGAGGAUCGUUAUUUGUGGCCGGUGAUACGCAGAGGUGGUUCGGACUUGCGGUUGUCAGCGGGUUGACACCUGUCCACCUUGAAGGAGUGAGGAGGUCGCUGCGGACAGAUGGGACUCGUUGGUGCCGGAUCUCGCAGCCAAUCUCGGGGCACCUUUUGGUGCAUUCACGAUCAUCUGAGCGUCACUUCUUGGCGCUAAGAAGAGACAGCCCUCCUCCCUCACUUUCUCUCCUUUUCCCCCUCUCUUUCUCACAGUCUCCCCUCCCUGUCCGCGUGUCUCUGUUCUUUUCGCGGGUUCAGCCCAGACUGCCCAGUCAGUCAGCCCCCCUUUUUUUUUUUUCCCCCAGCGCCGGGGAAGCUGGCAGCGAUGGGGCGGCUCAGCUUCAGCACCAAGGAGAGCGCUGGACUUUUGCUGCUUUGUGUGUGUGGCGUGCUGGCGCUGCCCGCGGUGCUGGCGGAGCAGGAGGGGGAGAACCUGUCCGGGCUCUCGGACAACCCGGACAAAGCCAUCUUCGCGGUGCGCGAGAACGGAACGACGUGCCUGAUGGUGGAGUUCGCCGCCAAAUUCCUCGUGCCAUAUGACGUGCUCGCGCUUAACGGGAUAGACCUCAUCACAGAACAGGCUUCUUUCACGCUGCCCCGGGGGGCAGAAAUCGAGGGGAAAUGUGGGAGCACCGACUCAGAGAUCCACAUUUCCUGGAAGAACAACGCCUACAUCCUCCGCAUUUACUUCUCAAAGGAGUUCCGCGAAAAGGGCAUUGAGGUGUGGAAGAUCAACAAAAUCCAGUUCGUCUACGACACCUCGGAGACCACGCACUUCAUCAACGCGUACAACCCUGGGAAGCACACAGCCAGCACCCACAAGCUCUCGGCCCUGGUGACCCCAGCGGGGCGUUCCUAUGUGUGCACGGCUCAACAAACCGUCACCCUCAUCUCGAGCGAUCACCAGAAGGGCAUCACGUUCUCCAUGUACGACAUCCAGAUCCAGCCCUUUGACAUCGCCUCGGACUUCAUCUUCAGUGCACCUUACAAGUGUAUCACAGACCAGCGGGAGCACCUAGAGGAGAUCCUCCCCCUUAUCCUGGGCCUCAUUCUUGGUCUAAUAAUUAUCAUCACGCUCACCAUCUACCACUUCCACCUCAAGCUGACAGCGAAUCAGCCACAGCUCCCAAGAGAUCGCUCUAUGUACAAGAACAUGUAGUCACGUGACACAUCAGCGUCGCCCUCGACUUCCUCCAAAGCUCUCCUAAGUCUCCUCAAAGUCCUGGGCCUGAGGAUCGUGUCCCCCACACUGGACUGUGUCCCUGAUUGGAAAAAGCGAAUAGUCUGCACUGCCCGCUGGAGCUUCUGAACUGUUAAAAAUUAAGAGUUAUUUAGACAGUUUGGGACACAGCAUGAGUGUAAUUGGAGUAAACCCACCCAAAUCUAGUUAAAUUGGCCGAUGGAUCGUGCCAUACGUAGUUUCAAAUAAAGUAAAUUGAAUUUUCUGGAUUUUUUUUUUUCCCAAAAAACCUUUACCGAAGAUGGUUUGUAACUUGCACAAUGUUUGAUCUAACUUGUCUUUCAAAGCAUUUCCUUGUUACCCUGUUCCCUCUUUCUCUGUUUGAAUUUGCUGCUAUUGGAAUCCAUCUGUAUUUGUAAUCCUUGUUCCUUUUUUUUUUGGUUCCCAUCCCUGUGCUCAUACAUCCAGAAUGCAGCCAUAGUGUUGACAGUGGACUGUCUUGUAGUGUACAGUGCAGUUUUGCCUUGGCAUCAGACCCUUUUCUCAGCACGGAUAAACGAAAGAAAGAUAUAUAAAAUAAAAAAAAGUCAAGUACAAAACGUCUUCUAAAACUUGAGAAAAGUAUUUAUGAAAAUGUGGAGAGGUAAUAAAAAUGUAUGUAUAUUAUUUUUAGAGUGAAAGUCUAUGCAUAAACUUCUGCUGAUGCAAUCAUGUGCAGCACUCUAUUCUGUUUGAAAUAAAUUGCUGGAUAAACAA